GUCGCGGUAGCUGCCGCACAGCCCGGUUUUUCCGGGUCCCGGCGGGGCAGGGCCACGCUGACAACCCGGGCGGCACCAUGAAGUCUCUAAAGAAGGAGUCCCGCCUUAGAAUACCUACAAACAGAUUCUUGGAGGCCCCAGAGAGCGUGAAAGAAAAGAAGCGGGCAAAGGUACCUGAACAGUCCACACCCCCCAUUCAGGAAGAACCUGAACCUGUUAGCAAUGUCCUACAAGGAGAUGAUAUUCUUGCCUUAGCCAUUAAGAAGGAAGACUUGAGGAAGCAACAUAUUCCUCGCCUUAUUGAAACAGAAGAUAAACCUGCAAUUACCCAGAAACUUAUCAUCCGUAAACUCAAACCCAGGGAUCAUAGGAAGAAGGUCUGCCACUUCGUAGCACAUCCUGCUACUCCAGAUGCAGCCACGAAGCCCCUGGACUACUCUGGGCCAGGUGACAUCCUCCAUGGCAGUGACCAGAUCCUGCCCCACCACAUCUUGGGGAGUCUCCAGGACUUUAAGAGAAUUGCAGUUGCUCGAGGGAACACCCAGCUGGCUGAGCUGAUACACACCCCACCCUGUCUGAUGACCCUCAUCUCAGCUAAAGAAGAGCCGAAGCAGGAAGCCCCCAAAGGAGAGAAGGCACAUCCUCCCUGGGCCCCACCUCUUCAGCACAACUUUCUGAAAAACUGGCAGCGCAACAUAGCCCUUCGGAAGAAGCAGCAGGAAACCCUCAGUGAACGGCUGAAGAAGCCAGUCGGCGAGCUGCUGAUGCACACGGGCGAGACCUACAGAAAGAUCCAGGAGGAACGGGAGCUCCUUGACCGAACACUGCCCACACGGCCUGAUGGGAAGGGCUGUGAAUUGACCAGUGGGUUCUGGAGUCAACCGGAAUACUUGGGAGAUGAAAUGAUGGGUCUGGUAAUGACGAAGACAAAAACUCAGCGUGGCCUCGUGGAACCAAUCACUCACAUCAGGAAGCCCCGCUCCAUCCAGGUGGAGAUGGGAUUGCCAGCCCAGAAGGAUGCUUGGUACCGCUACACCUGGGAUCGGAGUCUGUUUCUGAUCUACCGACGCAAGGAACUACAGAGCAUCAUGGCAGAGCUGGAUUUUAGCCAGCAGGAUAUUGAUGGCCUGGAGGUGGUGGGCAAAGGGCGGCCUUUCUCCACUGUUAUGGUGGAGGAAUAUUCAGUGUUUGAAAGGAGCCAGGAAAGCGCCUCUGAAGACACAGUGCACUUAGACUUAUUGGCCAAUUACCCUGAUGUGGUCCCUAUGCCUAUUCUUGGCCCUUCUCUGCUGUUCUGUGGGAAGCCAGCUUGCUGGAUCCGAGGCAGUAACCCAGAGGACAAGAGGCACGUUGGAAUUGCUGUCCGCUUGACCUUUGAAACUCUAGAAGGGGAGAAAGCAUCUUCAGAACUGACCGUGGUCAAUAAUGGCACAGUGGCCAUUUGGUAUGACUGGCGGCGGAGGUCCCAGCUGGACUCUUUCCAAGACCUGAAGAGGAAUAGGAUGCAGCGGUUUUACUUCAACAAUCGGGAAGGUGUGAUUCUGCCUGGAGAAACUAGAAACUUCACCUUCUUCUUUAAGUCUUUGAAUGCUGGGAUCUUCAGGGAGUGUUGGGAGUUUGGAACCCACCCCGUCCUAUUAGGAGGUGCUCACCUGCAGGUCAAUCUCCAUGCAGUCUCCCUGACCCAGGACAUUUUUAGGGAUGAGAGGAAGUUAUUGGAGAACAAGCUGGCUUCCCACGAAGCAGUCACCAUCGUGGAGAGCAUGCUACAGGAGCUGCUGAGGGGGAUCCUGACCCCGGAGCGUGCACAGUCACCUGUGGACGCCUAUCUCACCGAGGAGGACUUGUUCCACCAUAGGAAUCCUCGGCUGCAUUACCAGCACCAAGUGGUGCAAAACCUGCACAGACUGUGGUGCCAGUACACCAUCCUGCCCUCCAAGGCUGAGGAGGCCAGGCCGGGCGAGGAGGAGCACCUCAGUCCCAGGGCCCAGGCUGCUGCGGCCCCGUCAGCCUACUGGGAGGAGGCCUCGAUGAAGGUCGAGUCUUCUGUGCACCUUAAGAGCCCAGCGUUGGACCCCCAACUGCCCCGGCAGGAGAGUGAGGCCCUCAGGGACUCCCGAGAUCCUGUUGGGUCCCAGAAGACUGGUCUGGGUUCUCAGCAGAAGAGCAUCAUGGAGGAGAUCCUGGUGGAGGGGAGCCCAGACCUGGAGAGUGUCCGGAGCUCCCGGGAGCUAGACGGCCUUCCCCCACCAGAGUGGAACCUCUGCCUGGAGGACUUCAGAAAGAGGACACAGGAGCCCCUGGUGUCCUGGGCAGAACGGUUGCCCAUGGUACCUCUGACCGGCCAGGUAGUGAUGGCACUCCCUGAGGAGAACCAGAGAGAAGAUGCCCUAAUCAGGCUCAACAAAGCAGCCCUGGAGCUGUGCCAGGAACCGUGGCCGUUGCAGUCUGACUUCCUGUACCGGAUGUGUUUGCAACUGUGGCGAGAUGUGAUUGACAGCCUGGUAAGCCAUUCCCUGUGGCUGAGGGCUCUGCUGGGCCUGCCUGAGAAGGAGACCAUCUACUUGCACGUGCCAGAAGAGCAAGAUCGAAAGUCACCUCCUGUCACAGAAGUGAAGGUGACUUCCGGGAGAGUGGGGAAGGAGGACCGGAAAGGGCCAUCUCAAGAAAAGAAGCAGUUGGGAAUCAAAGACAAAGAUGAGAAAAAAGGAGCCAAGCUGCCACCUGGGAAAGAGCAGGACCGUUUAAACAGCAAGAAGCACAAAGCAAAGGAUGACAAGAAACCGAUGAAAUCUACAAGUCGGGACAGGCUUUCCUCUGAAGACCCUGCCCCUGACAGCAUCAUCCCGUCUCAGGAGCCCAUAGAUCCCCUGGUCAUGGAGAAAUACACCCAGAGGCUGCAUACUGAGGGGACACGGGUUUGAUCCCUGGUCUGGGAAGAUCCCACAUGCCGCGAAGCAACUAAGCCCGUGUGCCACACUACUGAGCCUGCACUCUGGAGCCCGUGAGCCACAACUACUGACCCCACGUGCCACAACUACUGAAGCCCACGUGCUCUAGGGCCCGCGUGCUGCAGCUACUGAGCCCGUGUGCUGCACCUACUGAAGCCUGUGCACCUAGAGCCCAUGCUCUGCAACGAGAGAAGCCACCGCAAUGAGAAGCCCAUGCACUGCAACGAAGAGUAGCCCCUGCUCGCUGCAGCUAGGGAAAGCCCAUGUGCAGCAACGAAGACCCAAAGCAGCAAAAAAAAAAAAAAAAAAAAAAGUCUAUUUGCAAAAACAAAAGUCCUACAGAAAAUUUAGUUUUAUCUACACAACUUUAGUUGUCUCCCCUCUCCAGCUGUCCCUCUUGCGUAGAUGUGUCCAUCCAUCUCGCAGCAUGGGGGAUGCUCCCUUGUGCAUAUGCUUUCCAGAGAGUGAACCUUUGCCUGUGAUGUUCAUCCCAUUCUUCCAGGUCUAUGGGCUGCUGGAUGCCCUGGUGACCGACCUGCUGGUCCUGGCUGAUGAGCUCAGCCCCAAAGAGAAUGUCAAGGAGCCUUUGCGUCUCUGCACCUGACUUGCGUGCCUGAGCUGCCUUCUACGAAACUGCUUAACAAACAAAUCAAUAAAGAACCUUUAGGUUCCUACCACUUCCCUUAUGCCUCCGUGUCUUGAAUGUCAGAUCUUGAUGAAGUCAGCUCCUGGUCCUCCCAUAUCCC